AUGCAGAGAGCUUGCGAGAUGGUCGUGUCGCUCUUGCGCGUGGACGCCCUCACGCAGCGAUGCCCCUUCCACGUGCUUAACGUCCAGAUCCUCGAUCUUCUCCAACGAGAAGGCUUCAUUCGCGGCUUCAAAGUGGAAGGAACAAAGAUCGAAAUUCUCCUCAAAUACUACAAGGGAGCACCAGUCAUCCGCAACAUUCGCGUGGUUUCCAAACCGAGCAGAGACAUUUGGCUGACCCCCCAUGAGCUAAAAUUCCGGACACGAUUUAAUACCGGCCUCUGGGUGAUGCAAACUUCCUGCGGCAUUAUCUCUCACCGGGACUGCCUCCGAAUGGGAAUCGGCGGCAAGAUGUUGAUGGCCAUCAAUAAUGGCUACCAGCACUUUUGUUAA